AGCCUCAGCGUGAGGUCCCGGGCGGGGGCGGAAGUAGGACCCGUCCUGCUCCUUAUGGCGACGCCGUGGAUGGGAGACUGAAAAGAUCAAAUGACAACUAUCAAGCUCAGAGAAUAAAAUACCAAAAAUAUUGUUUCGUAUAGAAGACCAUGAUAACUGUGAUCAAGAUAUUAUUGCAUCACUUUUUUUUCUGAUACAAUUUUUCUGCGGUCAAAUUGCUUUUUUAUUGUGCUGCAGCUUGCAUUAAAUGUGCACACAGAGUGAGGAUCAGAAUAAAUUGUGAAGCAGUGCAGCAUUCCUUGUGAAGAAAACUUCUGAACAGUGGCAAACCAGGCGUUUUCCCCAGAGGCUGCUUUCCCUCAUGGGAGGCGGAGGGAGAGAUGGGACCCCAGGCUUCUUUCAAGGGCAAGCAGGAUACAAUGGGAAAGAACAAAAGAGAGUCCCUGCAAACCUAUAGCUGGUGGAGAGGACCACAGAAAAAACGAAAGAAAAAGAACAAAAUAAAAGCAGGAAGAACAGACUAUGUUAGUGUUGUUAAUCUUCCAAUCAGACCAGAUUUCUCAAUAGUUGUAGGAGAGCUAACUCCUGAAGUGGAUGAUUUUCAGCUCUAUGACUAUUUUGUGAAAAGGUACCCUACAUGCAUUGACUGCAAAAUAGCCACAGAUCUACUGGGAUACUCCAGGGGGUAUGGCUUUGUCAGAUUUGGUGAACAAGGUGAUCAGAUGAGAGCACUGCAAGACUGCCAAAAUGCACCAGGUCUAGGUGGAAAACGAAUCCGACUGAGUAUAGGAAUUUCUAAAAGAAUGAAAGCAGAAUUCCAGCGGUAUCAGUCCUAUAACUAUAAUGAUUAUUAUCAGGAUUAUCAGAACUACUACUCACAGUGGGGUUAUGAUCCUUAUGCUGAUUACAACUAUAGCUAUCCUUCCUAUGACAACAUGCAAGCUGUUGGAGAUUCUGCCAUAAGAAACUCAAUUGUGACUCCAGCUGUAUUUGAGGAGACCCCAAUUGUGGCUGAAAGCAAUGAUGAACUAAUAACUGAAGAUCCACAGCUCCAUCUGGAUGUUGAUGAAAUGAACAGAGAAUUUAUGGAGAGAAGUGAAGAACUCUAUGACUCACUCAUGAAUUGUCAUUGGCAGCCUCUGGAUACGGUCACCUCUGAAAUCCCUAAUGCUUUCUAAAAGUGUCUUACAUGAAUAUAUAGCAUGACCGUUAUGACCAAGGUGCUAACAUUACAUUUCUUCUACAUUACUCUAGACCAUACGUUUUAAAGCACAAGGAUGGGUGGUUGUUUUGCUAAGCUUUUGACAGCCUUUGUAAUUUUUGUUCAUCACUCUACUCAUGAAGCAUCUUGAAAUCAUGUAAAUAUUCUAGAAAUGUAAAGAGUUGAAUAGAAUCUCAAGAUAGACUUGCUUGUGUAAAUAAAAUCUCGUUUCUGCAAA